AUGGCUAGAGCCGCGCUUCUCGCGCUCUCCCUGGCGCUGCUGCUCGCAUUCGCCCGCGCUGGCAGCCCCAUCACGAGCGCCAGCGCGAAUGAGAAGCCCGACCAGAGCAGCAAGAAGGACGACGGCCUCAUGACCGAAAUCCCCGCAGAUAUCGCAAAGCAGGCCGCGACGGGCAAUGCAGCGGGACUCACCUACGUGGAUACGGCACAGGAUUCGUUCUUUAUGGCUGAUGUGAAGAAGGCCGGGUGGAACGCGCAGAAAUGCCCGCCUGGUUUGAACAAGGAGCUCGCAGGAGCCUGCACGCCAAAAAAUUGUUCCAAGGGAGGCAUCCCCGCUAAGUGGAAAACUGCUUAUCUGCAAAAGAACAAGCUGGGUUACGAGCUGUACGUGCCGGUACAUCCCCGAUAUAACCAUCGAGGGAAGAAGGGCAAGGGCGCGUGCUAUUUGAUCCACGACCAGAUUGAUUUCACCUGCGGAGAGAUGACCGCGCAGUAUUCGACGGAAACGAAGCCGGUGAACCUGCAGGUGCGCAUCGGUGGAGAGUGUAACCCUAGCGCGAAGAUUCUCAACGACCCGCAUUUGGUCGGCGCGCACGGCACGCAUUUCGACUUCAACGGCCGGCCCGACAAGGCGUUCUGCCUGCUGACGGACCGCGAUCUUCUUGUGAACAUGCUGCUGAGGGGUUAUUAUGAUGAGCGCACCGAUAAUGCGGCGCUCGUCGUUGAUGGCAAGGCGGUGCACACGUGGAUUAAGGAGCUCGGGAUGGUCUGGACCGCCGGGGGCGCGGAUCACAAGGUUAGGCUUGCGGCGCGCGGUGGUAAGCAACAAGAGCGUGGCGACGGGUUUAUGAAGAGCAUCGAGAUUGACGGCAAGGAGAUGCCGCGGAUGAAGGUUGGCGACACGGUGACGAGCGACGGUGGCCCGACGAUUCAAUUCCGCGGGCUGGAGAAGGAAGGACCGUUCGAUGUGGACUACUACAUGCUGACGAUCAACGGCCUGAUUUCGUUGGAUCUGCGCUUGCGCGUCGCGCACUCGAAGCUGCAGACCCCGACCGACGCCGAGGCGCAUAUCAACGUCGGCAUUGCCGAGCUGGAGCACACUGAGGAUAUUCAUGGCGUGUUGGGGCAGACGUACCGCGCGGACCACUCGCAGCGCGCUGAGGAUUUCCAGCGUUUGAUCGCAAGCCUGCACCGUCCGAUUUCAGCUGACGGCACCGAGGGGAAGGGGUUCUUGGAUGGUACACCCAGGUCGUAUGAGGCGAGUGAUGUGCUUGCUGUAGACUGCGCUUAUACCGCGUACGGCCGCGCGAGGAAGGUCAUGCCUGUGCAGCAGUUCCCCUAA